CAAGCUUUGCGCACACACUGAGCUUUGCGCAUCUGGUCGUCAUCAGCAGCAACAGCUCUUCCUGCUCAGAUGUGACUCAACCAGAGUGGGAAGAGAGCUCUCCUUCUUCUUCUUCUACUUCUUCUACUUCUUCUUCUUCUUCUUAGAGGACUUCUUUGAAAAGCGUCUCUUUGAAAGUCGCUCUCGGGGCAGCGGGACAAGCAGAGGCUGAUAUUUUUUUCUUGUUUGACGCGCACCGCUGGAUGGAUUGUCUGUAGGGGUUUGAUCGGGAAAAGCAGGCGAGGAGAAAACUUUGUGAAAGUUUGUUUGAGCCCUCCGCGGCUCAUCUGGAUGUGAACAGAUCCGCUUUCUGCUCGGAACACCCGAGUUUGUCUCUGGCUGGUUUCUGGAGACGCUGCUUGUGCGUUCUGCAUGCAAGGAUCUACUUGGCUCGCUUCUUCUUCUUCUCCUUCUCCUUAUUAGCUACCGCUCCGUUUUUUUCCGCUGUUCCCCAUUUGCGUCAUGACUUCUAGCUAUGCACAUGUAAUGGACAGGCAAGCUACGAUAUCAAACCGCCUGGAGAGUCCGAUCACGUCUAACCUGGACAACCUGCAAGCCAAAAAGAACUUCUCGGUCAGCCACCUGUUGGAUCUGGAAGAGGCCGGGGAAAUGGUCGGCACCCAGGCGGACGAGAGCGUCGGGGAGGCGGGGAGGAGUAUGCUGGAGUCCCCGGGGCUGACCAGCGGGAGCGACACAACCCAGCAGGAGAAUGAACAGAUGAACACAGAGGAGAAGAAGAAGAGGAAGCAGCGCAGGAACAGGACCACCUUCAACAGCAGCCAGCUCCAGGCUCUGGAGAGAGUGUUUGAGAGGACACACUACCCCGACGCCUUCGUCAGGGAGGACCUGGCCCGCCGGGUCAACCUCACCGAGGCCAGAGUCCAGGUUUGGUUUCAGAACAGGAGAGCUAAGUUCCGCCGGAACGAGCGCGCCAUGCUGGCCAGCAAAAACGCCUCACUCCUCAAAUCCUACUCAGGAGAUGUGACGGCAGUGGAGCAGCCAAUCGUACCGCGUCCUGCGCCACGCCCGAAUGACUACCUGUCCUGGGGCAGCGCCGCCCCCUACAGCUGGUAUCCAAUGCCGGAGGGGGGGCCAGUGCGAGUGCCACAGAAAAUGCUGCCCUCAGAGAACAACGCCAUGGCCACCUACCCGCCCACCUGCUCCAACACCAACACGUCCCAGGGAAUGAACAUGGCCAACAGCAUCGCCAACCUGCGGCUCAAAGCCAAGGAGUAUAGCUUGAACCAGGUGCCCACGGUCAACUGAGAGGGGCGG